ACCUGGAGCAGCAGAACCCAACGGGCCAAAAUUUCCCAGACACGCGCCUUCCCCUUCGUCCCCAACUCCGGCCGCGCAGCUCCCUCCUCCGCCCGAGCUACCUCCCCGCGACGACCGAGGAGAUCCCGGCGCUCCGCCCACGCCAGAGGAGCACCCCGAUCCUAGCCCCCCGUCGCGCGGGAUGGCGGCGGCCCAUCUGCUGGGCGACGACGGCCGCGGCUACGAACUCGCGCGGCGGCUGGAGGCGUGCGGCGCGUGGCGCGCGUGGCUCGGCGACGGCGCGCACGCCUCCCUCGCGCCGCACCUCGCGUCCUCCUCCACCUGGGACGCCUUCCUCUGCCCCUCGUCGUCGUCCUCCUCCUCGCCCCCGCGCCAGCUCCUCCUCCUCCAGCUCCGCGUCCGCGCGCUCCUCUUCGACAAGGCCUCCGCCGCGCUCGUCCUCCGCGACGGCGCCUCCCCCGCCGGCCCCCACUCCCUCAACGCCAGCUAUCUUCAGCUUCAUGGAGAUGAUAUUUAUUUCUCGUUGGAAGAUGAGCAGGAAGAUAACACUCAACAUCAAUUGCAAUCUGGAACUGCGUUUAGCCCAAGCAGGGAGAAUUCAAUGUUAUCUCAAAGGCAUAAGCGACAUGAUGAGUUACCUGGCACAUGGUACAAGCAAUAUGCUGAAAAGUUCAGGACAUUGCAUGGCAAGUUUCGCCCAGAUGAGAAAGAAAUGCCAAAGAGAACACCAGAGGGCAUGUCUGACUAUCUUAAGGUUUGCAGUGUGCAUAAAAGGAAGAGGACUGUGUUUAUUGACAAUCAGAGUCCCAACAUUAUGUUGGAAAAUGGGGAAUUCAGUAAUUUAACAGAUGAUCCUUUCAUUCCGGAAAUACAAUUUCCAGCUGACUGUGUUCCAGAUAUUGCAAUCCCUAGAGAGAGUGGGAUAUCUAUCAGCAAUAAAAUAGAAGUUCACGGUGUUCUUGAUAAUUUACCAGCACCUGUUAGUCGCAACACUGCAAUGCUCGAAAGGUUUGGAAUGAUGCCUGAGUACUACAAGACAGGAAACAAGUAUAGAGGGAAGGAUGUAUCUAAAGUAGAAGGAAAAUCUUUAAGUCAAGAGCAAGCAUUGCUUAUCACACGGAAGUUGGUUGCUCGAUACUUAGCGGUUGCAGGCUUUGAAAGUGGAACUGCAGGGUCUGUUGAUGAUUUUUCAGAUAUCAUAGUUAAGCACAUCUCUAAGCUAGGGCGCAGUUUGAAACUUAUAACUGACAGCUACAGGAAACAAUUUUCAUCCAUCGAGCUUCUUAAGAUGUUCCUACAGACUGUUGGCUACAGUAACAUUGGACCCUUGAUGGAGAUUACAAAGAUGGGGAGUAGAGUGGCUAGCCACCCAGUUCAUCAAGAUGCACAAGUACAAAGUCAAAAUAAUCUCCUUCAAGCCCAACAGCUCCAGAGACAGUACACUCCUCAAAUGACCAUCCAUAACCAGAAUCUGACAGCACAGCAGCACCAGAUGGUGCAGCAGCAUCAGUGGGCUCGACGGAACCAAAUGACGGGCCCCCGCGGCGCUCUUGCGAUGUCGGACAAAGCCCAGGCCCUGGUAAACGUGAAGCUCGAGAACACUAUGGAUUCACAAAACGAUAGCCCGUACGGAUCUCUCACUAGACAACAACAACAACAGAUUCAGAAUCUGAGGCACCACCAGCUACUGCAGCAGCAACAACAGAAGCAGCUCCAGCAGCAGCAGCUACUGCAGCUUCAACAGCACCACCAGCAACAGCAGCAGCAGCAGCAGCAGCUCCAGCCUCAGCAGCUGCAACAACAGCAACAGCUCCAGCCGCAGCAGCAGCAAAAACUCCAGCAGCACCACCAGCAGCAGCAGCAACAGCUCCAGCAGGUGCACCACCAGCAGCAACAGCAUCUUCAGCAGCAGCUGGGCAUGUCUGUAAACCAGAGCGCCCAAGGCCAGCUAGGGCAGCAGCAGCUGGGCAUGUCAGGAAACCAGAGCUCCCAAGCCCAGCUAGCGCAGCAGCAGCAGCAGCUGGGAAUGUCUGGAAACCAGAGCGCCCAAGCCCAGCUAGCGCAGCAGCAGCAGCUGGGCAUGUCUGGAAACCAGAGCGUCCAAGCCCAGCUAACGCAGCAGCAGCAGCAGCAGCAGCUGGGCAUGUCUGGAAACCAGAGCGCCCAAGCCCAGCUAGCGCAGCAAUUCAAACAAGCGCCGCAGUCGAUGAACUCAUACGGCAUGCGGGUGCCGCCGGUGAAGGUGGAGGCGUUCCACGAACUGGUGAGCGGGGACUCGUCCAGCGACACCAGCAAACUCACAUCCCCCAAGUAGAUCCUCCAUCCUUGUGCCGAUGAAAAUGUACACUGUAACUCUGUAAUGUACAAAAGGGGGCGUAUGGUCGCUGUACUUGCGAGUCUACCGUCUCAUCUGUUUUGACCAGCCUGUGUAUCGUAGAUACAAGAGAUUUAUACUACUUACUAAUUGAGGUGAUUUAUAAGUAAUGUGUACGUUAUUAUUA